AUGAGCAAUAGUAACUCCGGCGCCGGCGCUGGCGGCGCGACGAGCGUGGUGGAGGAGGUGGCGGGGCUGGACCGGCUGCUGACGCGGAUGGCGCUCACGGAAGACGCGAAGCUCGAGAAGGUUCUCUCAAAGCUUCUCCCACUCGCCAUCUCCCGCCUCGCCUCGCCGCACGAGGCGUCGCGGAAGAAGGUGAUGGAGAUGCUGGCGCACAUCAACAAGCGCGUGCGGGGGGCGUCCGCCAUCCACCUGCCGCUCUCCGACCUCCUCGCGCUCUACUGCUCCGCCACAGCCACCACACCCGCCCCUUCCCCCUCCUCCACCUCCACCACCACUACCUCCGCACCCCUACUCCCUGCCCCACACCCCCUCACGGCGAGCUUCGCCCUGGUAUACACAGACAUGGCGUUUCAGCGCGCCACACCAGAGGAGCAGGCGGCAGCGGUGCCAGUGCUGCUACGGGGCAUUGCCUCGCGCGCAGCAGCGCACCAGGACAUGCUGCUGCGGUGCGCGCUGCAGGGCCUGCUGCGCUAUGGGUCGCCAAGAGGGGUGGGGUCGGGGCCUGAGGAACAGCAGCUCGCUGCUACCUUCUCCUGGCUCGUCUCUUCGCCUGCUGCUGCUGGGCCGAGCACUGCAGAUGCGGGUGCGAGUGUUGCUGGUGCUGGUGCAGCGGAAUUGACUAAGGUGGCAGCGGCAGGGGCUGUGUCAGAGGGAGGAGAGGCGGCUGGGGGCAAGGCAGAAGCAGCAGACGCAGCAGGCACAGGCGGGGGGGCAGCGGGGAAGGCUGCUGCUGCCGCUGCUGCUGCGAGUGCUGCCCCUAGUCCGGACAUGGCUGUGUGGCUGGAGUUUUGCCUGCAGGUGAUGCUGCUGCCGGCCUCUCUCUCCGCUGCUGCUGCUGCUGCGGCGAAUGCAGGGGCGGCACAGGGGCAGGGGGGAGCAGCAGUGGGGCUGGCGGCAGGGGGGAGAGGAGCGGCAGUGGGGGCAGGAGGUGCGGGGGCAGAGCUGAAUGCGGCAGGGCAGCAGGGCGGACCCGCGCAGCCUCCUCUCUCUGACCACCCUGGGCUGUCCCUCGCGCAGCUGCACCGUGUGCUUGGCCCCGCGCCUUCCUCCUCGGCCGCCUCCCCUGCAACCUCGGCUUCCCCUGCUGCGCUCAACCUCAUUCCGCCUGACGCUGUGGCUCAGAGGAAGGUGGCGGUGCUGAACUUCCUGGCAGCCGUCAAGGCGCCCGCCCAUGCGUGCUACCUGCUCUGGCUCGUUGCCGCCACUGACAGCAACGAGCGGGUGAACCGGCGGGGGGAGGAGCUGAUGAAGCGGCACGGGGGGGCAGUGGACUUGGAAAGCGACAGGCUUGUAGCCGCCAUGAUGCGCCUUUACCAAGGCACCCCCGCCUCUGACCCCAAGCAGCCGCAGACAGCAGCAGCGGCAGUGCCAGCAGCGUCAGCAGCAGUGAAGCUGCGGCUGCUGGGGGCGUUUGUGCGCUCCAUUGCUGCCGCCAACGCGUUCCCAGGCACCCUGCACGUCAUUUUCGAUGCUAUCUAUGGCGUGGGGGCAUCAACGCGCAGCAAGCAGCUGGGCAUGGAGUUUGCCGUCUGGGUCUUCAAGCAUGCAAAGGAGGACCGGCUGCGGCCCUUGUCACCAGUCAUCCUCUCCUCGCUGCUCAAGCUGCUCUCGCAGUACGACGCUGCUGAGUCCCUGGACCCCCCAUCGCAGCAGCUGCAGGCAUUCACGUAUCGAGCCAUCGCUCAACUGGCAGAGCGCUGCCCCUUCCUUGUCAGGGGGGAUGCGAGCAUGUGUGAGCGCAUGUUGGUGGCACUGGAGGCAUGUGAGUCGCCAUCCCUGCGAGUGGUCAUGCAGGACGCACUACUCUCCCUCGCGUCCGCUUACAAGGGCUGUUCACCCAAGGUGUUGGAGUCCGUUGAGGGCCUGCUGCUCAAGCACUGCUCCUCUCCAGUGGAGGCGGUGCGGUACUGCACGCUGCAGUGGACCAUGCGCCUGCUCUCCCUCUCCUCUGCGCCCGCUUGCUUCCUCGCGCUGCUAGCUACAGCUGACAACAAAACCGAGAUCAAGGAGGCAGCCCAACGCUUCCUCUUCCCAGAAGCAGACACACGCACCAAAAAGCCCACCGCCGCCUCUUCCCCCUCUCCCCUCUCCACGCCCUCCCCAGCUUUCGCCUCCUCUUCCUCCUCCUCCUCCGCCUCUGCCGCCCCGCCCCCCUCUCUCUCAUCGCUGCUCGCGUUCAUAUGCAAGCAGAAGCCCAAGGCAGCUGCACCCGUGCCCCUGGAGGGGGAACAGACGCUGCUGCUACCUCCUGCUGCGUUUCUCUCCGCCAUUCGCUUCCUGCUGCUGUGCUGGCGCGAGGAGCGACGGGGAGGAGGGGCGAAGGGGGAGAGGGAGGGAGGGGCUGGGGAAGAGGGAGGAGGAAAGGGUGAGGUUGGUGGGAGCAGUGGUGGUGAGAAAGGGAAGGAGAAAGUAGAGGAGAAAGCAGAAGCGAGUGCAGAGGCGAAAGCAGAGGGGGGAGCGGAGGCGGGAUCAGUGGAGGAGCGGCUGUGUGUGUUUGUGGAGCAUGGGUUCGCACGUGAUGCCACGUGGGAGGUGCAUGCCGAGGCUGGCAGGGCGCUGCUGGAAAUAGUGGCCGCUCAUCCGCAGUUGGCUCUGCGCUUCACCGCGCGUCUUCCGUGGCUGCAGCGCUUCCUGUCGCACAACGACCCGUCAGUGCGAGCAGCCUUCGCCAAGCUCAUGGGCGUUGUGGCGCGGGGGUUGCCUGCCCCUGACGCCCACGCGCUGCUACUCAAGCUGCAGGGGGGCCUGGCAAAUGAGGGCGGGAAGGCGGGGAUCAAGGAGGAGGAGGCGCAGGGGCUGAUAGCAGCACUGGGCUACGUCACAGCCACAGCUGCCGACGCUGCAGGGCGAGCAUCAUCCGUGGAUCUGCUCCUCUCGCGCCUGCUCUCCCCCUCAUCAGCGCCCUCCACCCUGGCCCUCACCGCGCAAGCCCUGGGCCUCAUAGGCCUCACAGGCCCCCUUCCGCCCCCCUCCUCCUCCACCUCCUCCUCCUCUCUCAAGGAUGAAGCAGCACCUGAGGGUACUGCGAGUGGAGCGGUGGGAGAGGAGGGGAGUGGGGGAGAUGUGGGAAAGAGUGGUGAGGAUGGGGAGAAGGCAGCGAGUGGGGAGGAGGAGGGGCGGAAGAAGAGGAAGAGGGGGGAUGUGGUGGAGCAGCUGGCCUCGUUACUGUCACACAGGGAUGACAAGGUGGUGCAGAGUGCGGCAGGGGCGCUGGGGAUGAUGAGCUAUGGCGACCCUCAGGGCGUCGCCGAUGCUGCUCUCACGGCACUGCUCACUCUCGGCCGAUGCAAGAGUGCGGCAGGGGCGCUGGGGAUGAUGAGCUAUGGCGACCCUCAGGGUGUGGCGGAUGCUGCUCUCACUGCUCUGCUCACUCUCGAACGAGGCAACGUUGCUAGCAGCAGGCGAGGCGCUGGCGUUUGCGUGGGGUCCAGUGGACUGCCCUCAAUUUGGCCCGGCACUGCUGUUCUCCGGCCCUCACUCCUCCCUCGCCCCCAUCUCUUCUACCCUUCCCCUCACCUGCAGAACGAGGCGACGUUGCUAGCAGCAGGUGAGGCGCUGGCGUUCGUGUGGGGUCCGGUGGACUGCCCUCCCUUCCGCCCCACCCUGCUGCUCUCCGGCCCUCACUCCUCCCUCGCUCCCAUCUUCAACGACGCUGAUGACGCUGCUGCCGCCGCGCUACAGGACAAGGCGCGCCGCCCUAAGCGGGAAGUAGAUGUGCAGAUGGGUGAUGCGAGUGGUGAGGCAGGAAAGGAGGAGACGGCAGGUGGGCAGGGUGGAACAGGAGCAACAGCAGGAGCAGGAGCAGGAGAAGAGAUGGAAAGAGAGAAAGAAGGGCAGGCUGUGGCUGAUGUGGUGAUGGGGGAAGGGGGGCAGGAGACCUCAGCGGGCGAGGGGAGGAAGGAGGGAGAGGGGAGCGAGAGGGUGUGGGGAGGAGAGGCGAUGGAGGCGAGGUGGGAGAGCAUGAGGAAGGUGCUGGUGGAGGAGCUGCUGGUGAGCACCCGCAGUGAGGAGCGCUGUGCGGGGGCCGUGUGGCUCAUGUCGCUGCUCUCCUUCUGCGGCCACCACGCCUCCAUGCAACGCCUGCUGCCGCAGCUCCAGGACGCGUUCAGUGCACUGCUGGGCGACUCCAACGAGCUGACCCAGGAGAUGGCGUCCCGUGCCAUGUCUCGCAUCUACACACUGGGCGAUGCAGGCACCAAGCAGCUGCUCGUUGCUGCUCUUGUCGCUAACCUCACUGGCGCUGCCGGGCAGAAGCGCAGCGGGAAGCUACUGGGCGACACAGAGGUAUUCACAGAGGACUCAGUCGCACGCAACACCUCCUCCUCCUCCAUGCGAGCAGGGGCGGCGGGCAGCAGCAGCAGCGCGGCGAGCUCAGCAGGGCGGGCGCAGAGCAGCGUGGGCGUGAGCACGUACCGCGAGCUGUGCAGUGUGGCCACGGACAUGGGGCAGCCCGACCUCAUCUACCGCCUCAUGGACAUCGCCAACCACCAUGCGGCCCUGAACUCCAACCGAGGAGCCGCCUUCAGCUUUGCAGCAGUGGCAGCAGAAGCCGGCGCAGCGCUAGAGCCGCACCUGCCGGCACUCGUCCCGCGGCUGCUGCGCAUGAUGUACGACCCCAACCGCCCCCUCGCCCAGGCCGCAGGGCACAUCUGGCGCGCGCUGGUGCGCGACCCCAAGGCCACAGUGGACCGGCACUUCUAUGAGAUUGUGAAUGACCUGAUGGGGAAUGUCACGGGGCGGCUGUGGCGCAACAGAGAGGCUGCGUGCCUUGCGCUUGCUGACCUGCUGCCUUCGAGACGGUUUGCAGAGGUUUCCAGUCAUUUGGAGCAGGUGUGGGUGGUGUCAUUCCGUGCAUGCGACGACAUCAAGGACAGCGUGCGCGUGGCAGGAGAAAAGCUGUGCCGCGCCGCCACAUCGCUCACCGUGCGCCUGUGCGACCCCACGCUCACUCCACGCGCCGACGCACACGCAGCGUGCAGCGUGGUGCUGCCCGUGCUGCUGGCGCAGGGCAUGACCUCGUCCGUGGGCUCUGUGCGCCACCUCGCCCUCUCCACCACUGCCAAGCUCGCCAAGGGAGCGGGAGCAUCGGUGCAGCCGCAUCUGGCAGCGCUGGUGCCGGCCAUGCUGGAAGCGCUCUCAGGCCUGGAGGACCAGAACCUCAAUUACGCUGAGCAACACGCGGAGAGGGUGGGCAUCAGCAGUGAGAAGCUGGAGGCGGCACGGCUGGCCAUGUCACGAGACACGCCCAUGUGGCACACACUCGAUGCGUGCCUGCAACAGGUGGACGAGUCCUGUCUGCCUGACCUCCUACCUACACUCAAGUCCCUCACGCGCUCCUCUGUGGGCCUCAACACCAGAGUGGGUGUGGCUCGCUUCAUCUCGCUCCUCAUCCCGCGCGCCGGCCCCACAGCCAUGCGCCCGCACGCCCCCGCCUUCCUCAAGACCCUCACCCUCGCUCUCUUCUCCGAACGCACCUCCGCGGGCCGAAGAGCCUUCUCAGCAGCAGCAGCCGACAUGGCCAAAUGCGCAGGGGGUGCUGCAGUGGAGAAAACAGUGGGGGAGACGUGUGGGAAGUACCUGGGGGAGGAGGCAGCAGGGCAAAAGGACGUGCGGCUGUGCUGUGCGCUUCUGAUGCGGGAUGUGGGGAAGGCGUGUCCGGACGAUAUGCCACCGUGCCACCACGUGUUGCUGCCCACGCUGCUCCUUGGACGGCACGAUGAGGACGAGGCAGUGCGGGCGGUGUGGGAGGAGGCGUGGGACAACGUGGGAGUGGCGGCGUCGGCAGCAGUGAGGGAACACGCAGGGGACAUUGCUCCCACGCUCACCGCUGCCGCCUCUUCCUCCUCCUGGACCCGCCGCUGCCAGGCAGCAGCAGCCAUGCAGGCAGUGGUGAAGGCCAUGGGCACAGACACCCCCCACACCGUCCUGCUGCAGUUCCUCUCCGCCCUGCUGCCACAGCUGCCAGGCCGCUUGUGGGAGGGCAAGGAGCAGCUGCUGCCAGCCAUUGCGGCCAUCUGCACUGCAUGCCCCUCCGCUCUGCUCUCACUCUCACUACAACCCUCUUUUCCUCACCGUUUCUCGUAUUCCAUCCUCCCGCCCUUCCCCCCAUCUCCCUCCACACACCCCCCCCAAUUUCAAGCAGCAGAGCCAACAGCAGAAGCGCGGGCAACAACAGCAGAGCAGCAGGAGGCGCUGCUAGCAUGCGUCUCUGCAGCUCUCCCCUCCGCAACACCCACCUCCCUGCCGCUAUACACAGCACCCCUGCAAUCAGCCCUCUGCGCCCUGCUCUCCUCCAAUCCCGUCUGGACAGUCAAGCUAGCAGCACUCAAUACGAGCGCCACGUUCCUAACUGCUCUUCUUAAGUUACCCUCGGACGCACAUGUGCAGGCUGCUGUGCACAACACGGUGGCCCCCUUCCUCCCCAGCUUCAUCGAUGCUCUAUCUGACACCAAGCGCUCCCAGACCCGUCAAGCAGCCGUGGAGGCAGUGCAGGCAGCCACAGUGUGCCUGCAGCACCACAGCGCCCUUGAGGCUGCGGACCGGGAUUCCUUCACUGCUGCUCUGCGCGAUGCUGUGAAGGUGGAGAAGAGUGAGGCUGUCAAGAUGGCUGCUGAGAAAUGCCUGGAGUUGUUGGGCGGCAUGGUGGAAUGA